AUGGACAUUCAGGAGAGAAGUGUGCAGAGCUGCGGCGAGAACAUUGUCGACAUGGGGGACAUGGAGGACGAAACCUUUGCCAUCUCCAGUUCCUCUGCUGCUGACACUGCAUUCGACUCUGUUAUUGGCUGCAUAGAGGACAUCAUUAUGGAGGAGGAUUUCCAACUACUGCAGCGGAAUUUCAUGGAGAAACACUACAAAGAGUUUGAUAACACUGAAGAAAACAAACUCAGCUACACACCCAUUUUCAAUGAAUAUGUGGAGCUGUUAGAGAAAUAUGUGGAGCAACAGCUCAUGAAGAGGAUUCCCGGAUUCAAUAUGGCAACCUUCAUAGAGCAUCUCAUGGAGCACAAAGAUGAAGUAUCUGGCGACAUUGUUGACGUACUGCUGUCCUUUAUUGAUUUUGUGGCUUUUAAGGAAAUGGUUUUGCAAUACAAAGUGGAAAAGGAGGGCCGAAGUCUGGACUUGAGCACAGGACUCAUAGUCACCCCUUUAACCCCGGCAGCCUCCAGCCAGUCAGGAUCCAAACAGUUGCCGUGA